AUGCGCACUUCCGCCUUCUUCGCCGCUCCUCUCGUCGCCAUGGCUGCUGCCCAGAGCUCUGCCUCUAACGAAACCUCUGUCCUCAGCACCAUUCCCGUCUCUUCUACAGUCCCUUACACCAACGGCUUCACCUCUUUCCUCACCCAGACCAACUCUCUCGGUGUCGUGACUGGCCAUCCUUCCCUUGCAACAGACGUCGGUAUUGCCGCCACUAACGCUGCUGUUUCAUCCGUCGCUGUGCAGCUCGUCCCCGCAGGUCUUGCUCCUGGCACUGUCACCACCCUCAUCUACGGCAAUGUGACUGCUGGUAAUGCCACUUCUAUCGUUGUUACCAUUGGCACGAGCACCACUCAGGUCUUGAGUGCAGCAGUGGUAGCUGCUACUGGUUCGGGCUCUUCUUCUACUGGCUCUUCUGGCGCUGGUGCUGCUGGCUCUGCUUCGGCAUCAGGCUCAAGCGGUUCCUCCAGCGAAACCUCAUCGCGUGGCGGCUCUAGCGCUUCCACUCGCGCAUCUGGUACCUCUGGUGGAUCUGGCAGCUCUGGAUCUAGCUCCUCUGCCACCGCUUCCUCUACUGGCUCAGCCGCCAACGUCAAGGUCGGUGCUGCUGGUGCCUUGAUUGGUGCCGGUGCCUUCUUCGCUGCUUUCAUGUAA